AUGAGAGGCUCUUCGAAUCGAUAUACCAAGGGGCUGCUUCAGGACGACUUCCUAGACGAAGAAGAGGAGCUGCUUUCCGCUUGGCUAAAUACAUCGCAGAAAUGGCGCAAAUACUGGAGUACAAGUCGAAGCUCCAUUGUAGUGACUGGGGCUCUGGCUACAUCGAAUCUGGUGGCACUAUUGGUUAUUCUUCAUCUGCUGGCAGUGCGGCCAUUAUGUGACCUGCCGCUGAAUGAGCCACCACAACGGGUGACGCCCUCUCUCGCGCAUCUCGUGCGAAAACCGGUUCCAGAAUUCAUAAAUGUCACCUUCUUUCCAGACGGCUCCUUCUUCCGACAACACAAUUCGAAAGAGGCCGAUGCAAAGUGGGACGAGUAUGAUGGAUCCAAAGAGGCCGAACAAGCAGGCAUUGACCCAGCUCGGCAUGCAUAUGUCGACAGGCCCGACCUCGGCGCAGUUGGGUAUCCGGUUCUCCCCGAGGCUGUCCACCAUAUGCAUUGCGUCUCUAUGCUCCGGAAGAAUCUCUACUAUAACAUAAACCACACGCGCCAAGACUGCCACCCGCCGACAUGCGAGUCUCCGGAACUCGAAGAGUGGAGGAUCUUUCAUGUUGGUAUGGCUGACCGUAUUCUGACGUCUUUGCGGUCACAUUCUGACUUCAUCACACAGACCACUGUCUUGAAGCGAUCCGCCGUCGUCUUGAAUGCACUGCGGACCUAG